UAGUAAUAGGCUGUCCACAGACUUUGUGGCUCGACAGCCGGCGUGGAGGCGGUUUGGUUGUUUUGUUCUAUCAGGAAUCCGUUUUUAUUUAUCAUAGGUAUAUCGCAGGUAUAGGUUAUUAAUAAUAUACUAUAAUAUUGGGCUGGUUUUAUUCACUUUCACGCAUAUUCGGCUCUUGACUGUAAUUUCUAACAACGUAUUUGAGUUCAAAUUUGUGAGUCAUCGUGCUCCGUAGUAUCUUUACAUUUCCUGGAACGUAGCGUUUCGAAGGCUCUUGUUUGCCAUGUGGCUUUGUGGUGGUUACUGAACUGCGGAUUUAAAUUUGCCUGGUUCUUUUCACGCACAAAACGUAGAGGUCUGUACGUUGCAGCAUCAUGGUGGCCGGCGAGCUCGUUCAGGAACAUCUGCGGUGUAGCAACGCACCUGACGAAAACGCAUCUCUCGGGACAGUGGAGAAAAACGGAGUUCCGAAUGGGAGUCAGUAUGUGGAUAUUACGAAGGGAGAGGUCCACGUGACCGUACUGGAUUCUAGGGCGUCCGAACAAGAGAUACCUCCGGAUGAGAAACAGGCAAUGCUGCCUGGUGCACAAAAGCCACUCCAGACCAAGCUCUAUUGCAGAAGAUUUGCCGUUUUAGCAGUGUUCAGCCUUUAUUCCCUAGUCAACGCCUUUCAGUGGAUCCAGUACAGCAUCAUCACCAAUAUAUUCACAUUUUACUAUAAUGUGUCAAAUGAUAAAAUUGAUUGGCUGUCUGUUGUCUAUAUGGUCGCGUAUGUGCCUUUGAUCUUUCCAGCAACCUGGUUAUUGGAUAAGAAAGGGCUGAAAAUCACUGCGCUUUUGGGGGCCGGCUUGAACUGCAUCGGAGCAUGGGUGAAAUGCGCCAGCGUAAAGCCCGACCUUUUUUGGGUGACGAUGACGGCGCAGAUUAUAUGUUCGAUCGCUCAGGUGUUCAUCCUAGGACUGCCUUCAAGGAUUGCAUCAGUAUGGUUUGGACCCAAAGAAGUGUCAACUGCAUGUGCCACGGCCGUCUUGGGAAACCAGCUAGGCACGGCAAUCGGAUUUUUGCUUCCUCCAGUGCUGGUCCCCAAUACGGUGGAUGAUAAGGACCUGAUGGGCUACAAUAUAAGCAUCAUGUUUUAUGGAACAGCUGUGGUGUCCUCCUUACUGUUCAUUUUAACAGUUAUUGUUAUCAAAGACAGACCCCCCCUCCCCCCAAGCCAGGCUCAGGCUGUUCUUCCAGAAAGUCCUCCUGAAGACUACUCCUACAAAAAGUCCAUCAUCAACCUCUUCAUGAACAAACCUUUUGUCCUGUUGCUAAUCAGUUACGGUAUCAUGACCGGCUCUUUCUACUCCGUUUCAACACUGCUCAAUCAGAUGAUUAUGACUUACUAUGUGGGCGAGGAGCUGAAUGCAGGGAGGAUCGGCCUAACCCUGGUUGUGGCUGGAAUGGUGGGCUCAAUCAUCUGUGGCUUGUGGCUGGAUUACACUAAAACCUACAAAAUGACCACUCUGAUAGUCUAUAUCCUGUCCUUCAUUGGCAUGCUGGUGUUCACCUUCACCCUGGACCUGGGUCACCUCAUCCUGGUGUUCUUCACAGCUGGGGUGCUGGGGUUUUUCAUGACUGGUUACCUCCCACUGGGGUUUGAGUUUGGAGUUGAAAUCACAUAUCCAGAGUCUGAAGGAACAUCGUCGGGUCUUCUUAAUGCAUUUGCACAGAUAUUUGGAAUCAUUUUCACUUUGAUCCAAGGGAAGCUGACCACAGACUACAGUCCCCUGAUCGGAAACAUUUUCCUCUGUUCCUGGAUCUUUUUGGGCAUCAUACUCACAGCUUUGAUAAAAUCAGACUUGAAAAGACAUAACGUCAAUAUGAGCGUUGACACAAAACAUCUCCAUGUGGUCCCUACUGAGUGCCCCUCAGAGAAAACGGCCAAUGGUGUAACACUGGACUCUUCCUCAGACUGCUCCCAUGAGACCUCUCUGUAACUCUGCCUUUUGUCUCCUCAUACAGAGUUACAAUCUCCACACUCCCACUGCUCAUCAGGUUACCUGAGGUUACCUGAGAUCUCUGAAAUGUAAUGUACUGUUUUUAUUUAUGAUAGUGUUUUAAUGUAAUUAUUGUACUAGAUCGAUUUGUUUACAGAGGAACAUACGAAUGGGAAGGAAACACAUUGUGUUUGAUGUAGUACUGUGACAGACCCCAUACCUAUACAGCAUUGAAACUUGGUUCCUGUUUGGGGAAAUAAGCACUGUAUGAUCUGAGACUCAAGCAGACAAGCAGUGCAUUGCCAUCUAAGCACAUGUAACCAUAUAGAAUUUCGACACUAUUUAAUAUGGACGCACAAUAAAUGUCCAGAUGUUGACCAUUUUCUUCUUCUUCUUUUUUACCUUAAAUAUAUAUUUUGAAGUUGCUGUGGUGAUGUCAGUUAAAAAGUAAAGCCACUCACCUUGCUUGCUAGCUAGGAAGUUUAUAAACUUGGAAAUGGAUUUUUUUUUGCUGAAGCCAGCUAGUGAUAAAGUAAGGUUGCUUUCUACCUGUCUCAUUUUGUCUCCACUGAGAUAGCUGGCUUGUUAGCUAGCCACAUAAAAACAUUGAAAAUGCACUGAACUCUGACCUCACUUGCACACUGGCAAGCCAAUAAACUUGACUGAGAUGGACUGAGUUUCCUAACCAGCUAGCUUAACAGAGUAAGCAAAAAUAAACCAGGAUCAAUGUUAUUGUUCAUCUUAUUUUCAGCUACUUUUUUUUUUAGCUCUUUAGUUAAUUAGCUUGCUAA